ACCAAGCAAAUCAUACUCAUUGAGCAAUCAAGAAAACAAAAGCAAUAUUCAAGACUCAAAAAUUUCUCUUUUUUGUUCCCUACUUGUUUUAUCUCUUUAAUCAAAAUGGAGAAAAGUCACGAGUCAACCACGAUUGAAAUGGGAGAGACCAGCAAAUUAGAAAGGAGAGGAAAAGCACCACUUUUGGGAUCAACUCCUGCUAUUGCUGCUGUUGUUGGACAUAAUAAGGGAGCUGCUAAAAACAAGAAAGGCAUUGCUAUUUUUGACCUCGUCUUGAGAAUUGCAGCUAUUGCUACUUCUAUUGGUGCUGCUGUUGGCAUGGGCACUGCUGGAGAAACUCUUCCUUUCUUCACUCAAUUCUUUCAAUUUGAAGCUGGUUACGACGAUCUUCCUACUUUUACGUUUUUUGUGGUAGCCAUGUCAAUAGUGGUUGGCUACCUUGUCCUCUCAAUACCUUUCUCCAUUGUGUGCAUUGCACGCUCCCAUGCAGUUGUUCCAAGGCUGCUCCUCAUCAUCUUUGACACUGCCUUUGUCACAUUGACAACAGCGGCAGCAGGGGCUUCGGCAGCUAUAGUGUAUUUGGCUCACAACGGAAACCAAGACGCUAAUUGGCUAGCAUUUUGCAACCAAUUUGGUGAUUUUUGCCAAACAACCAGUGGAGCAGUGGUGGCGGCCUUUGUCACAGUUGUUAUCUUUCUUUUAAUGGUUCUUCUCUCUGCUAUAGCUCUUAAGAGACAUUAAAGCUAUAGUAAUAUUCACUUUGAUCUUUGUAUUUCAUUCUUGUUACUUUUGUAAUUUAUUCCCUUGUCAAAUGUGCUUCCUUUUUUAUUCUUUUCUUUUUCUGUUAUUUGGGUGGGGAGAGUGUGGGUAUUGGUUUGUAUUGUUGUGUUGGUGUUUGUAGCUUUUAAUGAAGAAAGAAAAAAAUUAUAAAUUACAAUUGGUGAAGUA